GAAUUUAAUGUGAAAUGAAAAACGUAACAUGUAUCAUUACAUUGUUUAAACUUUAUACCAGCCUCAGCAUUCUGGCUUAUUAUUUUUAUUUGUAUUUAUUUUUUUGGGGGGUGUUCUUUUUUUAACCUAAAUAUUUUUUUAAAAAUGUAUUCGAAAUGUGUCUAAUAUUAGAAUUGUAAAAAAUCUAUUCCGAAAAAGCUUCAAACUGAAAUUGAUACGUCAUCUUUGUUUUGGUCACGUGACCUCGGGUCAAACCGCACCUCGCGGGAAUCAACAUGGCGGCUGCGGAGUCAGUUCGAUGCCCCGUUUGUUUUAAAGACUUCACAAACGAGGACAUUAACGGACAUCUGGACGCAUGUCUGCUGGAGGGUGCGUCAGACUGCAGUCCGUCCUCAACGGUCGAGACCGGACCUCCCGAAGCCAAGAAAUGCCGCACAGGAGCAGACCCUGUCAACCAACCGGGCUCCUCCUCCUCCUCCUCCUCCUCCAUGGCGGACUCGCAGUCCUCGGUGGUGUUUUCCCUGUUUCAGACCAAUAAGGGGAAACUGCGCGCUAGAGAACCGAGUGAUGGGGUUUCCAGUCAACAAAAGAGUCCCACCGCUCCUGCUCUCAACCGGGGGCUGAAGCGUCCGCUGAGGGAGACGUCAAGGACCCCGCAGAGGAGCCAGCUCCCGGACGCUGGGAUUUCUAAGGCCCCCAUGGAGCCGCUGCUGUCCCGGGCGUUGUUCGCAUCGAACAAGCCUCUGGCGGAGGCACUGAGACCGAACACUCUGGAGGAGUACUUCGGUCAAAGUAAAGCUGUGGGCCAGCAAACCCUCCUCCGGUCACUCCUGGAGUCGCAGGAGAUCCCGUCUGUGAUCCUGUGGGGUCCACCGGGAUGCGGGAAGACCACUUUAGCCCACAUAAUUGCCAGUGCCAGUAAGAAGAAUGGAACGGCUCGUUUUGUCACUUUGUCUGCCACCAGUGCGUCCACCAGCGAAGUCCGGGAGGUGAUCAAACAGGCGCAGAACGAGCUCCGCCUCUGCAAGAGGAAGACGAUCCUUUUCAUUGAUGAAAUUCAUCGCUUUAACAAGUCCCAGCAGGACACCUUCCUUCCACAUGUGGAGUGUGGGACAGUCACUCUCAUUGGAGCAACCACCGAAAACCCAUCCUUCCAGGUGAACGCAGCGCUGCUGAGCAGGUGCAGAGUACUGGUUCUGGAGAAGCUGUCGGUGGAGGCCAUGAGCUCCAUCCUCAACAGGGCAAUCGCCAUGCUGGGGAUCAAGAUUGGAGGGCAAGAUUCCAACAACCUGAAGGAUGGAGACCAGACUGACGGAUCCGAGGCACAGGUGUACAUUGAACAAAAAGCUCUGGACACCAUAGCGUUUCUCUGCGAUGGCGAUGCAAGAAUAGGGCUGAACAGUCUGCAGCUGGCUGUGCAGGCUCAGACCAGCUUACAAAAACAACAAGAGGUUGUAGUGACAGAGGAGCACAUCAAGGAGGGGCUCCAGAGGUCCCAUAUCCUCUAUGAUAAAGCUGGUGAGGAACAUUACAACUGUAUCUCAGCCCUGCAUAAGUCCAUGAGAGGCUCCCACGAGAACGCCUCCCUCUACUGGUUGGGGCGCAUGCUGGAAGGCGGCGAGGAUCCUCUCUAUGUGGCUCGCAGACUCAUCCGCUUCGCCAGUGAGGACGUGGGUUUGGCCGAUCCUGCUGCCCUCACGCAAGCCGUGUCUGCCUUCCAAGCCUGCCACUUCCUUGGGAUGCCUGAAUGUGAGGUGAUCUUAGCUCAGUGUGUGAUCUACCUGGCACGAGCACCCAAGUCUGUGGAGAUCUACCAAGCAUAUAGCAACGUAAAAGCCUGUUUGAGAAACCACAAAGGGCCCCUUCCCUCCGUCCCACUGCACCUCCGCAAUGCCCCAACCAAGCUGAUGAAGCAGCUGGGCUAUGCAAAGGGCUAUAAGUACAACCCAGCAUUCAGCCGUCCUGUAGAACAGGAGUACUUACCUGAGGAGCUCCGCGGGGUGAACUUCUUCACCUGGAAAGGCUCCCAUCCAUGAACACAUGGAUGCUGCUGAAGGAAAAGUGCCUUUUGGUUUCACAACUCAUUUAGCUCAACUGACACACAACAGGUUUUAGUCAGUUUGUCAGUUUGUUUUCAUCAACUUUGUCUUCUCAACAGUCUUUCAGAUUAAAAUGUUCUGUCCUAACUCUAAAGAUAAUUAUUUUUUUACUCGUUUUAUGUUUCAGAGAUAUAAUUUUAUUAAAGAAAAAAGUUUUAUAGUUUAUUGAUUGUUCAUUUGAUUGAUUGUGGUUUGAAUUUUGGUUAAUUGUCAAAGGAAAAAAGGAUUUUUUUUUCAUCUUUAUGUGAAGAUGGUUGACUUGACUUCUUACUGAUCAUUGCACCAGUUAAGGAGAAGGGGGGGGGGGGGGGGGGGACGUACAAAAACUU